AUGUUCCAUUUAUGUCUGAUCUCAAAAAUUAAAAAUACUCAACACAAGACAUUGAACCGGCUGUCAGAAAAAUCAAAAAUCUAGAUGCUACAAGAGUACCUUAUAUAAAUUUAGAUAAGGUGUGGUACCAGAAUACAACCUAUUGACUAUCAGAGAUAUCAUGUCAAAGUUCUAUUUCCCAUGUGA